UGCCAAAAUAAUAGCGAUGUCGACUCUUAAAAUAUACUGUAUUUCUUCUUGUUAAAGUUUCUCAGUUUUUUCUCUUUAUUGUAUUCUUAUUUUACUUUUAAUUAGUAUUUUAAUUUAAUUUUUUAUACGAAUUAUAAAAAAUAUACAGAUACAAAUAUUUUUUAAAUGUCUAACCUCCAAAACACUUCGAAAACAUUUGUUGAUAAAAUUGUCCAGCAUUGUUUGAAUUUGUAUAAUAAAUUACCGAAAACAGGAAAACCCACUGAAGAUGAAUGGACCGUGUUGUCUUGUGUGGUGCAACAUGAUACAGAAAAUGAUACAUUUGAUGUGGUAUCCUUAGGUACCGGUUCUAAAUGCAUUGGGUCAAGCAAGUUGUCUCCAUCAGGAGAUCUAUUGAAUGACAGUCACGCUGAAGUAUUUGCCAGACGAGGUUUUUUACUUUAUUUAUAUGAUAAUAUUGAUAGUGCUAUAGAAAAUAAACAAUCAAUAUUUAUUCAAGAAAAUGGACGGUUUCGGUUGAAAAGUAACAUAUCUUUUAUUUUUUAUUCAUCACAGUUGCCCUGUGGAGAUGGUUCAAUUUUCUCUAAGAAUGCCGAUGAGGAGUGUUUCGGUGACAUUUUAUCUAAGAAGCGUGAAGCUCAAGGUAAUGUAUGUGAUGGGAUAAUAAAAAAACAAAAGUUAGAAUCUGAUAUUUACAGGACAGGUGCAAAAUGUCUACCCGAUUCCGAACAAGACCCAAAAGAGGCAGGUCGAAAUUAUCACUUAGUAGCACAGGUUCGUACCAAACCUGGACGAGGAGACAGAACAUUAUCUGUUUCUUGUAGUGAUAAAAUAGCAAAAUGGAUUCAUUUAGGUAUACAAGGCAGAUUAUUGGAUAUGUGUUUAAUUAAUCCUAUAUAUAUUAGUUCGUUUAUAUUUGGUGGUGGAGUGCCAUACUCAGAAGAGUCAUUGAAAAGAGCUUUCCUGCACAGAAACUCAGUGAGUGACUUACUAAUAAAAUAUACUCCAAAGUUUUAUCAAAGCUCUGUUAUAUUUCAUCAUAUAAAAACAGAACAUCGUUUAAGGCCAGCAUCUGGAAGUAUAGUAUGGAUUAAAAGUGAAAACCAGACUUUGGAAGUGGCAGUGCAAGGAAAAAAGUUAGGGGUGACAAAGAAAGCAGCAAAAUCAUUAACAAAGUCACUAUGCAUCAGUAAAUAUAACAUUUAUCAGAGAUUCCAAAAUCAUUUACACAAGAACAAGAUGAUUAAAGAAAAUAUUUUCAAUAAUGACCCUGUUGACAUUCCAUACAACCAAAUGAAGGCAAAAGCAACAAGGUAUGAAAAGAGUUGGCUUAAUGUUAAACAGAAGCUUUUUAAAACAUGGACAGUUAAACCAGAUAUUUGGAAUUUUUGUGUAAGCACAUGAUUUAUCAACACCUUACCUACAUAUAAUAUAUAAUUGUUGUUAAUAAAAAUGCUACUUUCAGUA